AUGUAUGCAAACGAGGGUGGUAAACGAGCUGAGGCCGCUCAGCCCUUGAUCCAGGGGUCGGAGAGCAUGGUAAAAAUUGAUCGUGGGACCUCAUCGCUCUCUAGGUUACAACCAUGGAGGACAGCCUUCCUGGCCAUCGCACUUAUCUUCUCAUUGCUACUGAACGCAUGGUGGCUUUUGGUUGAGCGUAGAAUUGAUGUCUCAGAUGAGAAGGCGAUGCCAUCAGAGAUACUUUCGGCUCAUCGGUCUCCCUACAGUGAUCUCGGUUAUGAUAAACAAAUCCCUUACGCUCACAAUACUGAGUACACAAGCUCCAAUGAAACCCACGCCGACUACAUGUGGGAUAGCUUGAACAUCGACCCAAUGAUUAUUGCGCCUACUCUGGAAUGGGCUGAAAGCAUGAAUCUCCCUACCUCUUGGGUAUUCCCAUGGGAUUCGAACCGACGAAUUUAUUUUGUCAAGGUGUUCCAUCAGCUGCACUGUCUGAAAGUCAUGCGUAGAUCAUUCCAUGACCUCCGGACCGAUGGAGAGACCGCGAUCCCAGUAGGCCACGUCGAACACUGUCUCGACAGCUUGCGUCAAGACUUGAUGUGCGCCGCGGACGACACCCCCAUGCCGUCGCUGGAACUUCUGAACGGCAGUGGCGAAGGCCAAAUGAUGCAAUGCAAGGACUUUGACAAGCUCGUCGCCUGGACGCAAGCUCCGGAGCGCAAUGCAUGCUAUAAACGGUUGAUCACCAGUGACUACAGGCCGAUCGUGCACAGUAUUGAGCGAUAUGCCUUUUGUCCAGCUGAUAGCCCGCAUUUUGCCGCCAUGAGCCGGUAUUUCGAAGAUCAUGGACAUUAUGCGGAUCCUUUUGCGGAAUAG